AUGUUCCGACGGGGCAGAGGCUUGAGAGUGGAUGGGGACUUCGAGAAUUCUCACGAUCUGAUUUUGUUGGAGGGGGCUUCCGAAGUCCGGAACAAUGAGCUAUUCGACGGCGGAUUCGACGUCCGCGACAUGACCUUCCGCCACGGAGGAGAUUUUGUAGGGUUGACGCAGAAGCUUCACUACAUCAAAGGCCUUGGUUGCCGGGGGGUUUGGAUCUCACCGGUCUUCCAGAACGGUUUCAACAGCUACCAUCAGUAUGCCCAGUUGGACUUCACCACCCUGGAUAUGCGGCUUGGAACGCUGGAGGAGCUGCGCAAGCUGACAACCACUGCGCACGACCUCGGGAUGUACGUCAUCGUGGAUGUGGUGAUGAACCACAUGGCCAACGAGUUCUACUUCGAAGGCCACGCGGAGAGUGAGGCGCCCUGGCGCUUUCACGAGAACCGAAACGAGCGGGAGUACCGGCUGAUGACCCGGAAGCCAGAGAACAUGUUGUACGACACCCCCCAAGGGAAGCAGCCGUAUCUGGACUUCUACUACGACAACACCUGGGAUCCGAACGCCACCUACAACGGCACGCUCUACGGCCAGUUCGGCGAGUGGGUCGAUGACGAUGGCUCUCUGGGUUUUGGGACCUAUCUCGCCUCGGACUUCCACCACAACGGUGACUUGAUCGACUACUUCGAUCCAUGGCAGAUCAACUAUGGAAAGAUCUACGGUGUCAUGGAUGACUUGCGACUGGAGCAUGCUCGGGUGCAGCAAAAGUACAUCGCCAUGACGAAGGCUCUGAUUGAGAGCGCAGACGUCGACGGCUAUCGUGUGGACACGCCGAUGCAGGUGCCUUUGAACUUCUAUAAAGUCUGGGCGCCUGCGAUGAGAGCGCAUGCCAAGUCUCUGGGAAAGGAGCGGUUCGGCAUCUUCGGUGAGUUCUACGUAACUCCGGCCCGGUAUGCAACGAUGACAGGAAGAGGCAGGGACAACACCAUGUACGGCCAAGCCAGAUACAUUGACGACAUUUCCACCCUGAAGGGAGGCAUUGUGUAUCCGUAUUACUGGUACAUCUUCACAUCUAUGGUCUACAACGAUGCGCAGUAUGCCGACGGUCUUGCGUUGGCAUACAAGGAGGAGAACAAGAUGAUCGACAUCUUUGACCCAACAACGGGCCGAAACGAGUAUGCCAUGUGGACCUUCUGCAACAACCACGACAACUGGCGUAUGCAAAGUAUGACGGGGAAGGCUCACUUCCACAUGUGCCUAGCGGUGAUUACCUUCUGGCCUGGUGUGCCCUUACACUACGCAGGUGACGAGCAAGACUUCGACACCCCUGGAUCUGCUUUGGAUGGCUGGUCCCGUGAGGAGCUGAGCGCUUCGUUGGCCUGGCGUGCCGUGCCCACUCAACCAGGCGGAAAUCCUGCCGACGGCGAUAAUUUCGACAUGACCAAAGCUUCAUAUCGUUACAUCGCCCGUCUCAAUGGUUUGAGGGACGCGCAGCUUGGCAACAGCAUGUGA